AUGGCUAGUGCUCAGCCAUCGUCUCGAGCAGCGACCAGUCCGACUUAUUUCUUCACUUUUGGUGAUUCGUACUCCCAGACCGGGUUCAGUGCCUCUGGGACUCAACCUUCUGCUGCUGCGCCGAUGGGCAAUCCGGAUCUAGGGAUCGGCACCACCACCAACGGUCCGAACUACAUCGGGUACCUGACCACAAAAGAGAACGCCUCCCUAGUCCUCUCCUACAACCUGGCCGCCGGCGGCGCCACCAUCGACAACGCCCUGAUCCCAGCCUACCCAGGCGACGUCGCCGCGCAGCUCCGCCUCUUCGAGGACGUCUACAGCUCGAAACCGGCUUCCGCACCCUGGACGUCGAAGAAUGCGGUCUUCGGUUUCUGGAUCGGGAUCAACGACAUCGGCAACGCCUACGCGACGACCAACGCAGAAACCUACACCCCGCGCCUUAUCGCCCGCCUCAAGAAACAGGUCGCCCAGAUCCACGCCAAAGGGGGCCGGAAGUUUCUGUUCUUGAAUGUGCCGCCCACCAGCCGGAGUCCCUUUUUCUUGGACCAGGGGAAUGCCACCGUGGCGCAGCAUGCAGCUUACUUGGCGACGUAUAACCGGAACCUGAAGGCGAUGGUGGAGGAGUUCAAGAAGGAGCAUAAGGAUGUCACCACUGUCUUCUAUGAUUCGUGGUCGUACAUGACCAAGGUCUUGGACAACCCCACGGCGUAUGGGUUCCCGGAUGCGACCUGUAUCAAUGAUGACGGCACGUCGUGUAUCUGGUGGAAUAAUUAUCACCCCGGGAUGAAGUAUCAUUUGCUGCAGGCGGAGGAUAUGAAGGCGCAGAUGAAGGUUUUGGGGGGUUGGUGAGGAUCUAGCUAGUAUGCUUGUGGAGUCGGUGUAGUCGAUGAUGGGAAGUAGAUGUGAUGCAUGGACGCAAUCGAGGAAAUUUUUAUCCCAUUUUAAUCGUCUUUGAGCUACUGCGUAACUCUGUCAAUAAUAUAUACCUGGAAAACCUCUGUGUCAGAGUCUGUACAUCCAUGCCUGAACCGCCACGGACAGCCAUCCCCGCCAAAGCAGGACAACUGUUAAUCUCCGUGCCUGUUUCACCCCAGAUGCCAAGGCGGGAAUGGCGCCGAUGAUCGGCGUAUACUCUUGAUUUCAAUCAUCAAACCACUCGCCAGCUGAGGAGCUGGGCGGAGGAAAUGGCAUGCUGAUCGUCAUAUCAAGACUCGGUAUUUGAUGGAAGUGAAACGGUAGCAGG